CGUCUUGGGUUUAAGUCUCGGAAGCCGGAAGUGACGCUCCUUUCUUUUCAGGUUCCAAGAGACACCGCGGGCCCCGGAUUCCAGCUGCAGCAUGCCUCGCAAAAUUGAAGAGAUCAAGGAUUUCCUGCUGACAGCCAGGAGAAAGGAUGCCAAGUCUGUCAAGAUUAAGAAGAACAAGGACAAUGUGAAGUUCAAGGUUCGCUGCAGCAAAUACCUGUACACCCUGGUCAUCACCGACAAAGAGAAGGCAGAGAAGCUGAAACAGUCCCUUCCUCCUGGUCUCUCCGUGAAAGAACUGAAGUAAUCCUGCUCUCUUGUACAAUAAAAACAUUAAAAAGA